AUGUCCUCAGGUGGAUAUCCAUUGGCAUAUAGCGCUGGAACUUCGACACAGAGUUAUUACCAGCCCAGAAGAGCCUCGGCAGGUCAUACACCUCUUUCAUACGAGAGACCUCUUCCUGCCCGCUCACCCCGCCGAUACGGCUCAUACGACGAGUUUCCUCCUCCACCCCGCUCCGCGCCAGUCCACCGUGACGGUUAUUACCCUCGAUAUCGCGACUACAGCAGGUCACCCAGCCCCGAACGUCGCAAUGAGUCUACAAGGAACUCGGAAGGUGCAUCUUGGGACCGUUCUUCGAAUAACUGGCAACCUUCCUCGAAAGCCACUUGGGACCGACGCUCAUUGACAUUGUCUCCAACUUCCUCUGUUGUGUCUCAUCACCGCAUCCGAAGUGAUUCAGUUUCGCGGAUAUUCGAGCCAUCGACCGCAUGGAAGAAGAAGAGUAGCUCUAAUGCAAACUCCAGUCCGCGGAUCCCUUUUGACAAACAGCCUGGCUCUCCUUCACUGCGGUCCCCUGUCGUGCCUUCUCAGGCGCCUUCACUCAGAAGAGGUUCUGGUGAUUUCUUUCGGCCUGGGGCCACGGAUCAACCCCUACCAUCGACCCAACAGCCAACGUUACUCACGAUCACCUUCACGGUCACGUUCUCGUUCUCGGUCCCGCUCUCGGUCCCGCUCUCGUCCUCCGCGUCGUUCCAGAUCACGCUCACGCUCACGCUCUUUCUCGCGCUCCCCAUCCUACUCGCGUUCUCGGUCCCGUUCACACUCACCAGCAAGAAACUGGGGUCGGAGGCGAAGGUCAAGAAGUCGAACGUCAAGCCGGUCAAGGUCUCGUUCUACAACAAAUCACCUCCGCCUACUGUCGUUAUUGGUAUCCCCAAACCCGAACUGAAGUCUGUCUCCGUUGCCGCUGCUAAAUCUGUCUCUACACCUGAUGCAUCUGAUCGCGAAAUGUCAGCCCCGAUACCUGGGAUUGCCGCUUCCCCUCUCAAAUCAGAACAGCUCAAGCCCGACAUUGAAGAGGGGGAGAUUGUCAAUGAAGCUCCGUCGCCUGAACCUAUCGUGGUUGACCUUCCAACGCCGGACAAGCCUGUUCGUCCAACGGAAGACAUUCAACCCCUUGCAUCAGAAACAGAGGCACAAACAACGAUCGCUGUUCCAGCCACCUCUGAUUUGUCAGCUGUUACUCGAGAAACGAAAGCAGCAUCGCCAGCACCGCCUCCUCCGCCCAAACGCCUUCCUCUUCCUGUCCCAAAGCCCGUUUCUGUGGUGGCUAGCAAACCUCCCUUGUCACAACCUUCACGUGCUCCUUGGCCUCGUGUCGAAUUUACAAUGGAAGACAUUCCGCCUUGGUCCAAUGCUCGGUCUAUUGCCGAUGCACUUCGGACCGUCGUUAUGACCCGUCUUCUCAAAGACCCGCAAACACGUGACGAGCGUGUCAAUCCCAUUCUUUUGCAGAAUCUAUCGCUUCCCCACGAAGAGGACGCGUACCCUGACGCCCUUCGAUCUCAAGAGGAACUUGUCGAUGUUAUCAGUCUACAACGACUCUACCACAGUACUGACGCUCCGUUUAUUGCUGCCAAGCCGUGGCUCAUGAACCGUUUCGCCCGCCGUCAAGUGGCGUUGUCCACCAGACUGCGUGGAUUACAAGAGGAGUACCAAACCUUGCAUGCGGCAUGGCGGAAACACUGUGAUACUUUGGAUGCGCAAGCCAAGCCUGCGGAGCCACCCGCAACGGAAGCGGCACCAGCACCAACUCGGACCACCCGCCGGUCUGCUGCUCUGGGUGAUCUCGUCCGCUCUGACUUGGAGAUGGAGCAAAUCAUUGCGAGUUUGGGGUACGACGAGGCUACUGAUCCCAACCAACUCUCGACACGAAACCUGGCCAUUAUUCCUGACAUGAUACCUUUCACCGGCCAAACGCGAUACACGUACGACGACACGAACUAUCUCGUGGAGAACCCACACGAGUACUAUGCGCCUUGUACGGGUAUCCAUGACUGGACGGAACAGGAGAAGGAGGCAUUCCUUGAUGCGUUCGCCAAGACGCCGAAACAGUUCGGCAUUAUAGCGGAUCAGCUGCCAAAUAAGACUGCGGCGCAAUGUGUGGAGUAUUACUAUCUGCACAAGAAGAAGUUGAUCGACUUCCGGCGGGUGGUCUCUCAGUUUGCGCCAAAGAGGGGAAGAAGGAGAGCGGGGAGGCAGAAGGGGAAUGGGUUGUUGUCAGACAUUCGCCAGCACGACGCGGAGAUGCUGGGAGAGGACGACUCUUAUGUUGGCAGACGCGGGAGACGUUCUGCGGCUGCCAUCGAAGGCAGGAAACCAUCCGCACGGAGGAGUGCGUAUGGUGUGGAUUAUACUGAAACGGCCACUCCGACACCGGAGCCGGAGCCCCGACCGAAACGGAGGAGGGUUUCGGCCAUCAAUCGCAAUAAUGCGUAUGUGCCAGACGACGACGACACGGAUAGUGAGCCGAAGAAGAAGAGGCGUGGGCGGAGACCGGGACCGAAAGCCUCUCUUGGGGACGACUCGCCGGUGCCGACACCUCCGUCUACGGACCACCAACCUACCACUAGUUUUGCGCAAGCAAGCUUGCAAUGGUCGAUCGAGGACAAAGCACUGUUUUUGACAUUAGUCAAGCAGCACGGUCCGAACUUUAAACGCAUCGCAAUAGCGAUGCCGGACAAGACCACGACUCAAGUGUCGGAUUACUACAACUCGCUCGAUGUGGGCACGUUGUUGGCAGACGCUCUGAAGAAGGGUGUGGAUGAGGGGAGACUACUUUCAGGGAGAUCGACACCGGGGACGGAAGUGUCCAAGGAGCCGACGCCAGUUCGCGAAUUCAAGCCUGCGGAAUAUCCUCAGCCAAUAUAUGCUCCUGUUCCACCGCCAAUGUGGUCACCGUACCCUCCGCCAGUGCCUCAUCGGGGCAUCCCUUUUGCAUCGCCAUACCCGUAUUAUAUUCAGCCAUUCCCGCCGUCCGCUUAUCACCCACCCCCGCUUCCGCCCCCACCGCCCCAGCAGCAGGCUCAGGCGAGCAGCGGGCGCAAGUGA